AUGCCUUCCCAAUCCUCGCCGCCAUCUUCAUCGCCCGCUUUAAAACGAAAGCAACAGACAAUAUCGAGCUUCUUUACCAAGAAACCUUCUACUACCGAAAGGAAACCCUCUGACGAAACAAACACAAAUGAGGCAGCAGACGCUGCGAAGAGAGUCUUAUCUGGAAAAGAGAACUCUUUAGUGUCAGAACAGACGGCCCAACAUGAUGAAGAACGUGAUGAUAUCGUUCUUCCGCCCCCCAAACGGGUCAAGGCGACGGUCGACGAGUCAAUAAUCACGACGUCACGAAAAGAUGCAGAUCUCUCAAAGCUAUCACAAAGCAGCGUGCGAACAGAUCGAUUUAAGUUCACAAGCUCUCCGGCAGUCGUUGAAGAUAGACUGGGAGAGGAGGACGGUCUGUCUCGUAAAGAGAAAGAUAAGAUGCACCAGAAAUUCGUCAAGAAGUUGGGCGGCGCAGAUUGUCUGAUUGGUAUCAGUAAAACAUCUUCUGGCGGAGAUGACAAUGCUGCAGCUGGAGAAGAAGAUGCCGAAGAGGACGAGGAGCCCGCACCGGCGCCUGUCGCCAAAGGAAAAGCGACUAAGAAAGGAGGUUCAAAACUCACGCCGAUGGAGAAACAGGUUAUCGACAUUAAGCGCAAACACAUGGAUACUCUACUUGUCGUUGAAGUUGGUUACAAGUUUCGCUUCUUUGGGGAGGAUGCGAGAACCGCCGCAAAGGAGCUGAGCAUUGUGUGUAUACCGGGUAAGAUGAGGUUCGACGAGCAUCCAUCAGAGGCACAUCUGGACCGUUUCGCAUCAGCAAGUAUACCUACGCAUCGAUUACAUGUGCAUGUGAAACGGCUGGUUUCCGCAGGCCACAAAGUCGGUGUGGUGCGACAGCUGGAGACUGCGGCGCUCAAGGCGGCAGGUGAUAAUCGAAACGCGCCUUUCGUCCGCAAGCUUACAAAUGUGUAUACAAAAGGAACUUAUAUUGAUGAUGUAGAAGGGCUAUCAGGACCGACAGCAGCGCUGGGUGGCGCCACGCCGGCGACCGGCUAUCUUCUGUGCAUCACCGAAUCCAAUACCAGUGGGAGCGACGAACGUGUACACGUCGGAAUCGUUGCCGUACAACCCGCGACAGGAGAUAUUAUCUACGACGAGUUUGAAGAUGGCUUUAUGAGAGGCGAAAUUGAAACAAGACUACUUCAUAUUGCUCCUUGCGAGAUUCUCAUAGUGGGAGAACUUUCAAAACCGACGGAGAAGCUGGUGAAACACCUUUCUGGAAGCAAAAUGAACGUCUUUGGAGAUAAAGUGCGUGUUGAGAGACAAACAUGGUCUAAAUCGGCCGCAGCAGAAGCGCAUAACCGCGUGACCAAUUUUUAUGCCGAUAAGAUGAAAAGUGCUGGCGGCACUGGCGACCUCCAAGCUAAUGCUCUACUCGAAAAGGUAUUGCAGCUGCCCGACCAGGUCACAGUGUGCCUUUCUUCGAUGAUCGAUCAUCUGUCGGAAUAUGGCCUGGAGCAUGUGUUUGACCUCACCAAGUACUUCCAAUCCUUCUCUGCAAGAUCUCACAUGCUUUUAAACGGAAACACCUUGACUAGCCUCGAAAUAUACCAGAACCAGACCGACUAUUCCAGCAAAGGGAGUCUAUUCUGGACGAUGGAUCGAACUCGAACGCGCUUCGGUCAGAGAAUGCUCCGGAAGUGGGUUGGAAGACCUCUUCUGGAUAAAUCUCAUCUUGAGGAACGAGUCGGCGCAGUGGAAGAAUUGCUCUCCUCAGAACAACAUAUUCAUAUUGAGAAGCUGAAAGAUUUGUUAGGGAAAGUCAAAACAGACUUAGAGAGAAGCUUAAUUCGUAUUUACUACGGAAAAUGUACCCGGCCGGAGCUUCUCACCGUUCUCCAAACGUUGCAAAUGAUAACCACUGCAUUCUCACAUAUCACCGCUCCUAGUGAUACGGGAUUCCAAUCAUCUCUUAUAAGUCAAGCUGUUGCUGCGUUGCCUACCAUUCAAGAGGACGUUGUUCAUUUCCUCGACAAAAUCAAUAUGCAUGCCGCUAAGAAUGACGAUAAAUACGAAUUCUUUCGCGAGUCUGAGGAAAACGACGGUAUAAUGGAACAGAAACUUGGUAUAGCAUCUGUGGAACACGACUUGGGGGAACACCGCUCUGUUAUCGCAGAAACACUGGGCAAGAAGAAAGUCGAUUAUGCUACUUCGGCGGGCAUCGAGUAUCUUAUCGAGGUUGAGAACAAUUCGCCCCAGAUCAAGCGAGUACCUGCAUCUUGGGCAAAGAUUAGUGGAACUAAGAGACUUUCACGUUUUCACACACCAGAGGUGGUUAGGCUCCUAAGGCAACGUGAUCAACACAAAGAAGCACUGGCAGCAGCUUGCGAUAAAGCGUAUAAAGACCUGUUAGCGGAUAUCUCGGCCAAGUACCAGUCAUUUCGCGACUGUAUCCAGGCUCUAGCAUUACUUGACUGUCUGUUUUCUCUUGCUGCCAUUGCCAAUCAGCCUGGAUAUACCAAGCCUGAAUUCACAGACGAGACAUGCAUUACAGUUGAGCAGGGACGCCAUCCUAUGGUUGAACAGCUUCUUAUGGAUACCUAUGUUCCCAAUGACACCAGUCUCGAUGCGAAUGGGACUCGCGCCCUACUGGUUACUGGUCCGAAUAUGGGCGGUAAAUCGAGUUACGUGCGCCAGGUAGCCCUUAUUGCGAUAAUGGGCCAGAUUGGCUCGUAUGUGCCUGCCAAGUCAGCGAAAUUGGGGAUGCUAGAUGCGGUAUUUACGCGCAUGGGUGCGUUCGACAACAUGCUUAAUGGCGAAUCAACCUUCAUGGUAGAACUCUCCGAAACGGCAGAUAUCUUGAAACAGGCAACGCCUCGUUCAUUGGUUAUACUAGAUGAGCUUGGCCGAGGCACGUCUACGCAUGAUGGGGUUGCUAUUGCACAAGCAGUUCUUGACUACAUGGUCCGCUCUAUGCGUAGUCUGACGCUAUUCAUCACACACUACCAACAUCUUUCUGCCAUGGCCAAGUCUUACUCCAACAACGAGCUUCGGAAUGUCCAUAUGCGCUUUACGGAAUGUGGAGACCGGCAAGAUGCAGAAAUUACGUUUCUCUACGAGGUUGGAGAGGGUGUUGCCCAUCGGAGCUACGGACUGAAUGUGGCGCGACUGGCAAACCUCCCUUCGUCGGUAUUGGACGUUGCGAAGGAGAAGAGUAGCGAGCUGGAGGAGAAGAUUAGGCGCAAAAGACUUGCGGCCGUUGUAAAGAGUGUUGACGAAAUCCUCACUAAAGAUAUCUCGGGCCGCCUGCAACAAACUACGUUAGAUCUCCUCUCCGGAUGCGAUAUUCAAUUCCGCCGUGAGACGCGUCUCGACAUCGCUCUCGUUAAGAACCUACCAAUCGCGCUGAUUUUCCUCCCCGCCGCUGACAUUCCUACAUUCGUUGGCGAGGGUCGUGUUGACAUUGGUAUCACGGGCCGAGACCAAGUUGGCGAACACGAUGCAAAUCUGGCUAGCGGCGAGGCAUCUGGUGUGACUGAAGUCCUAGACCUGGGAUUUGGAGGCUGCAAGCUUCAGGUGCAGGUCCCUGAGAAGGGCGAAAUCAAACAAGCCAAGGAACUUGUUGGCAAAAAUGUGGUGACUAGCUUUACUGCAUUAGCGACAAGAUUCUUCGCUCAAAUCGAAGGAGUCAGUGAUCAAUCGCAGUUGAAAACAAAGAUUAAAUAUGUCGGCGGCAGUGUCGAAGCCGCCUGCGCCUUGGGUGUUGCUGAUGGUAUCGUUGAUUUGGUCGAAUCUGGUGAGACAAUGAAGGCAGCUGGGCUGAAGGCCAUCGACACUGUUGUUGAGAGCACAGCUGUGUUGAUCAAAUCAAAUAACACAAAACAUGAACUCACAGAGCUAAUUGCUAGCCGAAUUCGCGGUGUUAUUGCCGCUCAAAAGUAUGUUCUCUGCCAGUACAACAUCAACCGCGACCAGCUCGCCUCUGCGUCUGUAAUCACACCUGGCAAGCGUGCGCCGACCAUUACAGCCCUCGAGGCACCGAACUGGGUUGCUGUUAGUGCCAUGGUUGAGAAGAAGAAGAUCGCAACCGUCAUGGACGAAUUGACGAAAGUGGGAGCGACAGAUAUCUUGGUGCUCAAGAUCGAGAAUACACGGACGGACUAG